AUGGAGCAAAGACAAACAACCGCCAUUAAUGAAGACUCCGUUCAUCACAAUCAUCCUCUCUACAUUCAUCCUUCUGACACUCAAGGUGCAGUUCUGAUUUCUGUUCAACUAGUUGGAUCUGAAAAUUACUCAAUUUGGAGUAAAUCUAUGCGUAUUAUUCUGAAAGGAAAAAAUAAGCUAGGCUUUGUUCUAGGAACCUGUAGGAAAGACAUGUAUGAUUCUAGUUUGCAUGAUAUGUGGGAGAGGUGUAAUGCCAUAGUAUUAGCAUGGAUAAUGAAUACUGUCUCAAAAAAUCUAAUUAGCAGUGUUAUACAUGCUUCUGAUGCUCACACUAUUUGGGAGGAUUUGAAGGAAAGGUUUGACAAAAUUGAUGCCUCUAGGGCUUAUUACAUUCAUAAGGAAAUUGCUAGACUCACUCAGGGUACAACAUCUAUAUCUGCAUAUUUUUCUAGACUGAAGGAAUUGUGGGAUGAAAAUGAAGCCUUAGCACCUCCUCCCUUAUGUGGUUGUCCUGAAUCUAAAAAGUACUCAGAUCACUUUCUGAAUCAAAAACUAUGGAAAUUUCUUAUGGGACUGAACGAAACAUUUGAACAAGCUAGAAGUCAUGUGUUGUUGAUGAGUCCUGUACCUAGCAUCAAUCAAGCCUAUGCAAUGAUCAUAAAUGUUGAAAGUCAAAGGUUGAAUGGAAGUGUGAGUAGUUUUGGUGGAAAUGUUGAUACUAGUGAUCACACUGCUCUAAUGGGAAAUAAAGCACAUGGUAACAGCUUCAGGUCUAGUCACCAUGCUGGAAGCAGUCACUCUGGUGGAAACUCUAGUGGAAAUAACUAUCAAUAUGGUGGAAAUUACUCUGGGAAUGGUAGUUAUCAUAGUGGAGAAGGUUUUGGAAAUUCUGGUGGAGGAAACUACUCUAGCGGUGGAAACCAUCCUGGUGGAAACUAUCCUAGUGGAAGAAGUUAUUCUGGUGGUAGAAACUAUUCGAGUGGUGGUGGCUACUUAGGAAAAAGGCAUCUUGUUUGUGAGUUUUGUCACUAUAAGGGACAUACUAGGGAAAACUGCUACAAGCUCCAUGGUUACCUUGCUGACUUCAAAAACAAAAAGAGAGGCAAAAAAGUUAGAACUGCUCCAAACUAUGCUAAUAAUGCCACUGUAGGACCAGAUAAUGUUGCAGAUUCAUCAGGAAUAUCUACAGUUCAUAAUAUACCAGCAACUCCAACUGCUGCAUUCUUCACACCAGAACAGUACAAUCAGAUCAUGCAGAUGCUAAAAGGCAAACAAGCAGAGUCAGUAGCCAAUGCAGCAUCAGUUGGAACUGCAGGUACUGUGACUGCCCUGUUGACUAAUCUAGUUAAAUGUAACUGGAUAGUAGAUACUGGUGCCUUAAAUCAUAUGGUAUACAAUCUAAAUUUGCUAGAUAAAUAUAGAGAACUGACAGGUUGUCAUAAAAAUAGAGUGAAUCUUCCAACUGGUGGGCAAGUGUCUAUCACACAUGUUGGUGAAGCUUCUAUCUUCAAAAACAAAAAAGUUGAUAAUGUUCUAUAUAUUCCAGAUUUCAAAUACAAUCUCCUAUCAGUAUCCCAGAUUACUAUGGAUCUAGAUUGUAUGGCAGCAUUCUUUCCUCACUUUUGUGUGUUUCAGGAACUCUCAAGUGGGAAAGUACUGGGGAUUGGUAAAGCAGAAGAAGGACUCUAUAUUCUGAAGCCUGAAGGAUUAUACUUAGAGAAGGAAAACACACACAAUGUCUUACCUGCACACUCUUUUUUGAAUUAUGUAAAUAGUGUUGCAAAUAAAGACUAUAGCAGUGAAACUUGUAAUGCAGUUGCUUGUAAGAUUGACUCCACUAUUGAUAGUUAUGUUUGGCAUAAAAGGUUGGGGCAUGCCCCUCUAAGAGUGUUACAAAAGAUAGAUGGUUUGAACAUUUCUAGUAGUGAAAUAAAAAAUCACUGUUGUCCUGUUUGUCCAGUUGCAAAACAAACUAGACUUCCCUUCCCUUUAAGUGAUACUUAUUCUGCAAAACCAUUUGAUCUUGUGCAUGCUGAUGUUUGGGGCCCAUAUAGAGUACCAACCUAUGAUGGUAAAAGAUAUUUUCUUACACUAGUGGAUGGUCACUCUAAGUACAUUUGGAUUUUUUUGCUACCUUCUAAAGCAGAAUCUGUUGUUGUUCUAAGGAAUUUUGUACUGUUAAUCAAAACUCAGUUUAAUACUGUGAUUAAGUGUCUUAGGACUGACAAUGGUACUGAGUUCUACAAUGAACAAGUCAGUCCAUUGUUGACAGAGUUUGGUAGACAACACCAAAGCUCAUGUGUGUACACUCCUCAGCAAAAUGGGGUUGCUGAAAGGAGACAUAGGUCUAUCCUUGACAUGGCUAGAGCUCUGAGGUUUCAGGCACAUAUACCUCUAAAAUUUUGGGGUCACUGUAUUUCUACUGCUGUGUAUCUGUUGAAUAGGCUUCCCACUGUCUUACUUCAUGGUAAAUCUCCUUUUGAGCAACUAUAUCACAAAUCUCCAUCCUUAGCACAUCUCAGGGUGUUUGGCAGUCUGUGCUAUGCCACAAAUGUGAAGAAGCAGGACAAGUUCAGUCCUAGAGCAAUUCCAGCUGUGCAUUUAGGUUACUCUUCCUCUCAAAAAGGCUACAUACUAUAUGAUCUACACUCUAAAGUUUUCUUUGUUAGUAGGGACACUGUAUUCAGAGAAGACAUCUUUCCUUUCAAAACUAUGCAACCUGGUUCCUCUCCUUUAUUUCCAAUCUUGGAGUUAGGUGAUUCAGCACUAGAUGAUGCUGUCCCUUCUACUUCUUCUCCUUCAUCUACUGAUCCUAGGAGAUCCUCUAAGACUGUGAGACCUCCAAUCUGGAUGGAUGACUACAUUGUAAAGUCCAAGCCCACAUCAUGCUCCUAUCCUGUUUCCUCCUAUUUGAGGUAUGAUCAUCUAUCUCCUGCAUACAGAGCUUCCUUAGCUGCUUUCUCAGCUAUUUAUGAACCUCAUACCUACUCAGAAGCCUGCAAAGAUCCUCUUUAG